UGCAACCGGAAUGCAACCGGCCUUUAUUAUGAAUUCUAUUAGAGAUAAUUUUCCUGGUUUUUAUGCUAGUAUGAAUCAGAUAUAUAAUAUUAGGCAAUCAAUAAGGAGAGAUGAAAUGGAGGGCAGGACUCCCCUUCAACACUGUCUUCAUAUGGCCACAGAACAUAAUUAUGUGGUCUGGACAGAGUUGGAUAAUGACGGGCACUUGAGCAGACUUUUAAUUGCAAAUCCUACUUCAAUCCAAAUGAUACGUACGUGGCCGUAUGUUGUGCUGAUAGAUACAACGUACAAAACGAACAAAUCAAAGUGGCCACUAUGUGAAGUCAUCGGAAUGACGCCAACAAAUCACAACUUCUUGGUUGCGUUUUGUUUGAUGCGAGAUGAGGCGGCUGUGUCGUACUCGUGGGUGCUGCAGGGAUUGAGAGAUAUUUUCGGCAGUGCUCAGACUCCUAGCGUCAUUGUAACCGAUCGUGACGAAGGUUUAUCUGCAGCUAUUCGUGACGUCUUCCCAGAUGUACGUCAUUUGUUAUGCACCUGGCAUAUUGGCAACGAUGUUGAGAACAUGGUGGACAAGUUGUGCGGCGGCAAGAAAAAUCAACAAGGGCAGUUAUUUAGGAAAAGUAGAUGGAACCCCUUGGUUGAAAGUGCUACAAUCCGGGAAUAUGAAAAGAGAUGGGAAGGGAUCGUCAAUCCAGAAUGA